CAGAGAGGUACCCAUGAGAUGUUUGGAGACAUUUUUUAUCCAAUUAUUUAUUUAAAUAAAAAUGGCCGCCAUAGAGAGCGGAGAGGAGAAACUCAGUGAGGAGAAGAGUGAGGACGCCAACCAGAAUCAGAGCUCCAAGGACCUUAAGACACACAGCAAGCCCAAGAAGGUGAGGCGGGAGAGGGAGAGGAGGGAUGUGGAGAAGGAGAGGCUGGAGUCUUCAUCCACCACCAUGUCCUCCCCUCCUCCUCCUCCUCCUCCUCAUCCUCCAGCCCAGCAGCCCUGUUCAGACCAGGAACAGCUCCAGUUAGCUGAGGCGGGGCCCUCGGAGCCCACGGUCGCUGCAGCUGGUGAGGCCUCGGGUGUCUCUGAGUCCUCUCCUUCGCCCAAACAGAGGAGGUCCAUCAUCAGAGACCGAGGUCCACUCUACGACGACCCCUCUCUACCCCAGGGCUGGACACGUAAACUCAAACAACGCAAGUCUGGACGGUCCGCCGGGAAGUUUGACGUCUACUUGAUGAACCCCGAGGGGAAAGCCUUCCGAUCCAAGGUGGAGCUGAUCGCUUACUUCCAGAAGGUUGGGGACACCACCACCGACCCCAACGACUUCGACUUCACCGUAACCGGGCGUGGCAGCCCUUCCCGCCGCGAGAAGAGACCCCCGAAGAAACCCAAAGUGGUGAAACCGUCGGGGAGGGGCAGGGGCCGGCCGAAGGGGAGUGGAAAGCUGCGCCCUGCUACGGAGGGUGUGGCGAUGAAGCGCGUGGUGGAGAAGAGUCCUGGGAAGCUCCUGGUUAAGAUGCCGUUUGGAGCGUCCAAGGCAUCCGAGGCAGCUGGGCAGACAUCGGAGCUGGUCGUAGUCACCAAGAAGCGCCCAGGACGGAAAAGGAAAGCGGAGAUACCACCGCAGACUGCUCUGAAAAAGCGGGGGUGUAAGCCAGGGUCGGGGGUGACUGGGUCGAUGCUGUCAGCAGCUUCUGGGGCGGCGGCUUCCAGUACUUCCUCCUACGCAGCGGCUGCUAUCAUGGCUGCAGAAGCCAAGAGGAAAGCUCAGAAGGAGGCUUCCGCUAAGCCGGUGCAGCAGACCGCUCUGCCCAUUAAGAAACGCAAGACCAGAGAAACUGUUGAGGAGACUAAGGAGACUCCAGCCAUCACCACGCCAUUGCUCAGGGCAGGAGGUGGUGGUGGGGCAGGAACUGUGAUGGGGACAGGGAAUGGUGAUGGGGCAGGAACUGUGAUAGGGAUGGGGGCAGGGAGUGGUGGUGGUGGGGCAGGAACUCUGAUAGGGACAGGGAGUGGUGGUGGUGGGGUAGGAACUGGGAUGGGGACAGGGAGUGGUCUGGUUGUGGUGGCAACAGAAGGGACAGAGCAGGGACAGAAGCUGCCAAAGAGUCCAGGGAGGAAGCACAAGGACAUUCCCCUGACAGCAGCGGUUACCACAGGGGCCAGUGGUGGGUCUAAAAGUUGGCCUAGCGGAGGCAGCAGUAGUAUUACUACUCCAAAGAGUCACAGCCACAAGAGAAAAGAACGUACGCCGCACAAACACCAUCAUCACCACCACCACCGUCACCAUCACACACACUCCUCUGUAGUGGAGGAUCAUCCUCUUCAACCCUCCCAGCGGCCCCCUCACCACCACUUCCCCGGCCUGACUAUGGGCCUGGUCUCCCAUACAGCCAGGGCCUCGGUGGGGUCAGGGGCCCUCCAACAGAACAAGCCCCAGGACCUGAGCACCUCUAGGGGACCAUGCCGGGCCAGCAGCAGGCCAGAGGGCAACACCACGACCAGAGGAGAGAGGGGAGAGGUCAGCUCGGCUGCGGUUGUAGUAGUGGGAACGAGUGACGCCAGAGGCAACAGAAAUCGAGCAGACGAGGCAACGGGGACAGUGGUAGUAGGGAGGGAUUUGAGAGACAUUGUACCCUCCUCAGCAGUACCGAGGCCCAGCAGAGAGGAGACGGUCUCCGCUGUACCAAGACCUAGCCGGGAGGAGAUGGUCUCUACUGUGCCCAGGCCCAGCCGAGAGGAGACGGUCGAGUCUCGGACACCGGUCACUGAACGGGUUAGUUGACUGUAUGGUAGGACCCCUGUCUGUAAGGAGAAAAGGAGCCGUGUGUAGGAGCUGUGGGGUUUUCUAAGACAACAGAAAAGGACGUGUAUAUAGAAACACAAGGCAGCUUGUUGGUUGGUUGUUCUUUCUGUGGGUUGGGCUGUUUAUCUGUUUAUUGACAGGUAGCACAGCUUAAUGGUCAACCCACAACAGAUUGCUUCCUGAUAAAUGAACGUUUUUUUUUUUUUUUUUUUCUUCCUUUGUUUUGGUCAUUGUCUUGUUCUCCGUUUUUUUUUUUUGUGCUUUAAACCUGUUGUCAUCUGACCCAUCCACCCCGACCCAGAAGCCUUUGCUUAAAAUCUAAACAGGAAGUGAAGGACCUACACCUUCCGGUGCCAUCAUCGGAUGGAAACCACGGCAACCACGACGAUGACUCAUAAACCUCAAUCAUUCAGUUCUUCACUGUGGUUUUAAGAUAACGUAUAAAAAAAAACUAAAAAAAACUGGGACUGAGGCAUGUGUCCUGUCUGUAGUUUCCUCACAGUUGGUCUUUUCCAGUGUUGUGGCUAGAAACGGUACGACAUACAUAUGUCAUACAAGCUGCCACUGCUUCUUCUUCUUCUGUUGUAGCAUCCUCUGUUUACUGCAGUACGCUCAACAUCCAGUCCAUCAACGCUUUGUGCUGUAUCCAAUAGGGCACCCUAUUCCCUAUAAUGCACUGCUUUUGACCAGAGCCUUAUGGACCCUGGUCUAAAGUAGUGGGCUAGAAGUAGUGCACUAAAUAGGGAAUAAUUUGGGACACAGAUGGGUUUCCAGUCCUUGCUCUACAGUCAGCAUAUUAAUUUAGGUGACAUAUGUUUUCCUCGUUGGCCUAUAUUAUGUAGAUGCCAAGUCUUCUGUGUGUGUGUGUGUGUGUGUGUGUGUGUGUGUGUGUGUGUGUGUGUGUCGAUCAUCUCCUUCUAUAUACAGUAGUCUCUGUCUGAAACAGCAGCCUAUUCCUUACACAGGGAGAGACAAGUAGUGCACUACAGCCUGCUAGUCUCCCCAAGCAGGCUGGAGAUUCUUUCACUUCACACAGAGACCAGAGGUGCUUGAUGAUCAGAGAGAUUAUGAAUGUUGACGUGGCCCAGGCAGCAAUAGGGCUGAGUAUAUAGGAUGUUGAUGUGGCCCAGGCAGCAAUAGGGCUGAGUAUAUAGGAUGUUGAUGUGGCCCAGGCAGCAAUAUAGGGCUGAGUAUAUAGGAUGUUGAUGUGGCCCAGGCAGCAAUAGGGCUGAGUAUAUAGGAUGUUGAUGUGGCCCAGGCAGCAAUAUAGGGCUGAGUAUAUAGGAUGUUGAUGUGGCCCAGGCAGCAAUAUAGGGCUGAGUAUAGACCUUCUCCAAUUAUUCCUGAGGCUGUGUCCCAAAUGGCACCCUGUUCCCUGUAUAGUGCAGUAAUCUUGACCAGAGCCCUAUGGGCCAUCUAAAAGUAGUGUACUACAAAGGGAAGAGGGUGCCAUUUGGGACGCAGCCUGAAGCUUUGAAAUGGAAACGUCUUGAUGCGGACAUAACUUCCUAUCUGAUGGUCGAGGUGAUGAAACCCCAGGGUUUUAGAGGCCUAGAUACACCAAUGAUGUGUGGUGGCUCACAAUCAAUUUUUGUUCACCAACUACAUUGUUCACCAAGUGACUAGAUGCUGCCAGCAGCUUGAUGACCUCUACUGAAAAACAGGUUGAAUUUUAUUUUCAAGGCUUUAAAGAAUUCAAAAUUCUACUGAUGUUUUUUUUGGAAGUUGUAGUCCUACAACGUUUUUAAAAGAAAAUAAUAGGAUUCCAAUCAUUAAACCUAUAUGUUUUCCCCAGUAACAUGAAUUAGCCAGUAAACGGACAAUUUUACCUAAUCACUCCUAAAUGGAACUGUUUCCCCACAGUCAGACAGGAAGCUAAAAGCACAACAGGACCCAAGACAUGAUUAUGGAGGCGCCAUAGAUUUCUUGACCCCCCCCAGUCCUGUAUUUUGUCAAUAAUAUUUAAAUUAUUUCCAAGAGACAUAAAUAACCCAACCCCACUGAAGGAAGUUGUUUUUCUGUCUGUGUUUGGGGGAAGAAAAAAAAAAAAAAUGUAAUGAAUUUUAUAUAUAGUUCUGUUUUAAGAAUUAUUUUAAAUUAGAAGAUGUAUUGUUUUGAUCAGGAACAUUUCUGUCUCCAGUUUUGACGUAGGACUUAUGUUGAAUAUCAUCACCCCAUAUUCCUUUCUGCAUGCAACAGGACUAGCCUAUUUAUCCGUGACUUCAUGAAACUUGGUGUUAGGCUCGUGGGUUUCCUUUAGUUUAAACUCACAGGUGGGAAGUCAAAAGAUAUGGCGGGGGGGAAGAAGAAGAAAAAAAAACGCCUCUUGUCCGUGGUCACUAGUGUUUUGGAGUUCAAUCAAAUCUGCAGUGAGCAGAAACCGGAAUCCCCUGCGCAAACAUAGCAAGCGCGUUUUUGAUUACAACAUGAAUGAAAUAUGUUUUCUCCCCACCGCCCCCCCCAGUGAACAAUGUCUUGCUAAUUACAUUAGAUAAAACCAUGCACUUUUCUUCUGGCUCAAGAACAAAAUGUUUGAAUGAAUUCUAGCCUACGCUCAAUCACUCUUGCACAAGUACUUCCAUCAAUGUAACGCCCCUGUCUAGAAAAACAUUUGUUUUCUUUAAAAAAAAAAAAAAAACGUGUCCUUGCACGAGAGAUCUAUUUGUUAGUGACUUUUUUAAAGUGUAACAUAAUACGAUAGUAGCUAUAUUCUCAUUUACUUUAAUGCACCAAUAUGUUAAACCUGUAAUACUCUUGUCAUGUUGUUGGCAGUAUGUGGCUGUUACAGUAGAGCAGGCCUGUUAAAGUAGUUUGCUUAAACGGUAGUAAUCAGUUUUGGAACAACACCAGAAAUAACAGAAAACAUUUAUUAUUAUUAUUAUUUUUUUUUUUAAUGUGCACUAGAAUUUUUCUCCUUCUAGAUCGAAUGACUCCGGUCUCCACCUUGCAUUGAGAAUAUGUCCUAUAUCGACCAGACAUUCAGACCAAUGUAUACACCCUGUGGCUUGUCCUCCUCAAUAAAAAUGUAAAGUGUAGACAA